UGUUUUUAUCAAAACUCCCAUUCAAAGUCAAAAACACUAUCAUGGCAAACAACGAUCAGCUCAAGAGCAAGUUGCUGCGAUGGACGUUCGCGUUGGCCGUCGUCCAGAUGGUUGUCGGCUGCGUCUGGUGCUUCCUGGCGCCAGUCAAGGGCGAGCCGUCGCUUAUCAAGAGCUACGCCGCGUUCCGUGGAACCCAUCACCAGUACACGCAUCAGGCAGAGUGGACGGCUGCGGUGGCAUUCAUCUUCCCGUAUCUGGAGCUCUCGCCCGGAUUGCUGUGGUUGACGUUCGUGCUGCUCCAGGUCGGCACCUGGACGAAUCCGAUUGCGUACAGCAUCAUGGCGCUCACCGGGAUUGGUCAUGACAUGGUGGCGGGUGCCUUUCCCGACCUCGGCCGCAGCGAGCCCGUUUCGUCGGUCGUCGAAGGGACGCUCAAGUUGUGCGCAGUCACCUUCCUUGCCUCGUGCGUCCUCAUUCUGAUUGGGGUUUCGCGUUAUCGCUUCCGUGCGCCUGCUUCCGCGGACAAGACCAAGUAGUCGGUCCUGUUUGUGCACCAACCCUUGCUCACAAUCUCAACACAAGUCCAUUGCCCAAGUGCUGUAUUUCAGUUACGGCCAUAUCUGGUGGAAUGCACCGCAUCCCGUUCCGCUCUGCGAAGUUAAACCACCAUGAGAGUAGUUAGUACUGCGGUGGGAGACCACGCGGGAAUACUGCUUGUUGUAACUCUUCUUUUUUUUGUUUCCUUUCUCUUUGCUUUCUUAUUUGUUUCGCUUCGUGUGUGAGUUUUUUUGUUUUUUUUUUUUGCUGCUGGUUUGACCAUUGUGUUGACUUGAAUAUUCUGAUCCUGCACCACGCUGAUCGAUCUGAACAAAUCUGAGCCGUCAUUUUGCCAAAUCAUUUCACUCUUCCUUUUCUUGUUUUUUUUUUU